UGCUACGAGUUGACUGAAAAUGAAAGUCGUGUACUCAACCUUGCAUAUGUUGGAGGCCGUUAUCAAUGGUGAUAUAACUGCUCUUCAAAACGUACUAAAAUCUGGCAUUGAUGUUAACGUUCUGGAUAAAAAUGGAGAACCUUUGUUAUUUACUCCAAUCGUUAAUGGUGAUAUGGAUACUCUAAAGGUUCUCCUAGCCUACGCUGACGUCAACAUGACGACUGACGAUUGCAGGACCGCUCUCAUGAUUGCAACUGAAAUGAAUGAUAUAGACAUAGUGAAAAAGUUAAUCAAAUCAGGUGCAGAUGUAAACAGGAAAGACAACUCUGGAAAAACUCCCUUACUGAUAGCUCUGGAGGAUGGUAAUUUCAAAAUUGCAGAAUAUCUGAUCAAACACGGAAGUGACGUCAACGUAGUGGACAACCUUGGUCAAUCUGCCCUCUACCUUGUUGCAACUGGAGAAGGCAAUGACUGUACGAAAAUCGUCAAAAUUCUGUUAAGCUGUGGAUAUGUGUUGAAGGAUUCUGAUAAUUGGCUUUGCCCUGAAGACCUAAUAUCUAAUGCAAAAUUUCAAUCCAAAUAUUUCAAAUUGAUGCAGAAAGUAAAUAAUUCAUUGAAGGCUAUCUCAAAAUGUGACAUUAUAAUUCCAGUUGGAUCUUGAAUACAUUUUCCAUAACCAAUCUGUACCUUAGCAGAUGAAAAAAGUCUUUUUAAAAGAAGAGAUGCUACUGGAAAUCAAGAGGAAAUCAAUGUGAGUUCCUGUUAGACAGGAGCUUCAGAAUGCACGUUUCUUCCACUGACGAGUACAGGAUAUAAAGAUGGUUACCAAAGAGUCAUCUAACGCAUUAUGUUUUGUACGAGCCAUGGUGUAUGAAUUAAAACUGCAUAUAUGAAUAACGUAAAGAAUUGUGUUUAAACGUGGAGGCCAUGUUUAAGAAGACAUUGAGAGCCUAUGAUGAACUAAGAGAAAAACUUGUUUUUAAGUAGAAUAGUGAUAAAUAAAGUUGAAAAACAAUCAGAGCUGCAGUAUUUUUAUUUAUCCUUAUUUUGCAUCAAUAGAAUAUUUUACUUUGACUUGAAAGUCAAUCAUACUCGCUCUAUUACGAUACCUACAGGAAAAAGGAACAAAAAUCAAAAGCAGAGAGGAAAAUCAGGUGUUUUUUUUUAUAUUCAAAUUUGAUUAGAUUAAAACAUUUAAUGUAAAUUACUUAUUUUUGUAUUGAUAUUG